AUGGAACCGACCGUCGAUCGAAGUAUUCAUUUCUUAAUCCCAGCAUUAUCUUCGGGUAAAGCGACUCAAGUGACAACAUUCACUCCUUCACUAUCUCUUUUAGAUGAACCAUCACAUAUACUCAGUUUACCCGAAACAUUUUCUAUUCAACGAAGUCCAUUAGAAAUACCACUAUCAUCAGGAAAAUAUAUUCUUGCACCAAGUCCAAGUGAAUUGUUUCAUUAUUAUGAAUCUGUUCAACCCCAAAUGAAUCAUAUUAUAUCAUCAUCAGAAGGUUUAAUCGAUCAUUUAACAUCCGAGAAUUUCAUUCAUAUCGUAGAAAAUCUCUCGGAAUAUUCCAUACCUUGUCCGGUUCUGCAAAGUCAUGUUGAUAAAUCAACAUCGAUGCUAUCCAUCGACGAAUUUGACGAGAUAGUAUCAACCCAACCCAUCGCAGAAUAUAACAUUCGUCCAAGUCCGUCGUUUUAUGAUUCAACCGGUGAGUAUUCGUCCACACCACUCGAUGAUCCAAAUCUUUUCUUACACAAUAACGAACAAUCGGCGUUAUAUUUAAAUCAAUCAAACCGUGAUAUUGACUAUCAAUGGACAGCAUUACCGGUAUCAAUAACUUCCAACGAAUAUAAUUCCCAUUGGAAAAAAGUUCGUCCCAACGGCAAAUUUCUUAACAAUAAAGCUAAAGGGCGGCACAGCCGAAAACGUACAAAAUUUUCGAAUGAUGAUCUAGAAAUCUUGAAUCUAUUUUUUGAAAAAAAUCCGAUGCCAUCACGAUCAGACAUUUCAAUCCUUUCGGAAAAAUUGGCCUAUCCUCGUUACAUUGUUCAAGUAUGGUUUUAUAACAAACGCCAAUCGUUGAAACGAGCUAAUUCGUCAUCAUUAUGUCAAUUAAAUAGAAUUUCUAAUUGA